UCUCCAUCGAGGACCAUGGCGAGACUGAGCUGGGGAUAUGGCGAGCACAACGGCCCUAUUCACUGGAAUCAAUUUUUCCCCAUUGCUGAUGGUGAUCAGCAGUCUCCGAUUGAGAUUAAAACCAAAGAAGUGAAAUAUGACUCCUCCCUCCGACCUCUCAGUAUCAAGUAUGAUCCUGCCUCAGCUAAAAUCAUCAGCAAUAGUGGCCAUUCCUUCAACGUUGACUUCGAUGACACAGAGGACAAAUCAGUCCUGCGUGGAGGUCCUCUCACUGGAAGCUACAGGUUGCGGCAGUUCCACGUACACUGGGGCUCAGCAGAUGACCAUGGCUCUGAACACAUGGUAGAUGGAGUGAGAUAUGCUGCAGAGCUCCAUGUUGUCCACUGGAAUUCAGACAAAUACCCCAGCUUUGUUGAGGCAGCUCAUGAGUCAGAUGGGCUGGCUGUCCUCGGAAUAUUUCUCCAGAUUGGGGAACACAAUCCCCAGCUGCAAAAGAUCACUGACAUUUUGGAUUCCAUUAAGGAAAAGGGCAAACAAACACGAUUCACAAAUUUUGACCCCCUCUCUCUGCUUCCACCAUCCUGGGACUACUGGACAUACCCUGGUUCCCUGACAGUUCCACCUCUUCUUGAAAGUGUCACAUGGAUUGUUUUAAAACAACCUAUAAAUAUCAGCUCUCAACAGCUGGCCAGAUUCCGUAGCCUCUUGUGUUCAGCCGAGGGCGAGACAGCAGCUUUUCUGUUGAGCAAUCAUCGUCCACCACAGCCCUUGAAGGGCCGCAGAGUGAGAGCAUCUUUUUACUAACAGACAGAAGCAUGGAUGCGGCAAACAGAACAGAACUCAGUCUUUCCUACUAACAACUUUUCUAGACUUUUAAGUUUAGGGGUUCCACUUUCCCAGUGGCUUUGGCACCACUGAGAAAACUGGAGCUGAACUAACUUAGCUCAUUACUCCUAGAUUUACACUAACACAUAUCCAAUUGGUAAAUAUUGUUUGGUGUAUAUUGAUAUCACACAGUUCACCUGCUUCAGCCUUCAUGUCCAUAUGGUCAGCCUUACAAAUCUCAGAUGUACUAAAAGUUUGUUGUGGCCUUUAGCUGAUUCUACCACAUUUUAAAAGUGUUCGCUAAAAACUUUAAAUUCACUUUGAAAAUGGUAUAAUUCCAAAGCAAUCAGUUCUUAUGGUUUUUAUAUUUUUCUUAUUAAUCAAGACUAUAUAUUUUCUUUAAUGUGUUUUUCUCAAGCUCUCAUUGUAUGUACUGUGAUAAAGUAUACUACACGAGACACACAGGAAUUAAGAUAGAAUAAUGUAUUUACUUUUUUUGAUCAAAGUAAAUCCUACAGUUUUAGUGAGGAAUUCUUCAGGAUAUAAACAACUAUUUAAAACAUUGUUUCAUACAAUUCAUCCACCUAAGAAUGUUAAUGGCCAUUGGGGUGAUGACUGACAUAUUGUGUGGUAGUGUUGGCUGCCUCAUGGCAGUAACUGGUUCAGAUUGUCAGGUUACACAAUACCGCUGCAACAGAACUGCCCUGAGCUGGCGAACAGGUUCCAUAUAUUUGCCCUGUGUUGUAACAGAGCAGGGAGAUAUCUUAUAUCCAUUGUUUUUUCUGUCAGUGGUGAAAAAACAAACCGAUUUUCACAUAGAUGCCAAAGCCAUCCAAUGCAUUUUUCUAGCAAAGCUCAUUUCUCAUUUGUUACUAAGUCUCUUAAUGAUUGAAUAAGAUGCCAUUUGGUAAUAAUUUUAACCUGUUCUAUCUGGAGAGGUUUCUGUUUGUAUUUGGUGAAGGGGAUGGGUACCAUGUUUUUUUUUCUUUUCCAUUAUGAAGUGACUCUAUCAUUAGUUCAAUAAUCAUAGUUAAGACUUGAAUAUUUGUUACACUUUUGCUAUUUUCUGAGAAAAUGUUGCUGGGUUUCUUAAUUUCAAUGAUUUUUUUCAGAUCUCUCUCAUCUUCUAAAUAUAAAGCUAAUUUUUGAAAAUGUUCUUUGUAUUCUUCUUGGGAGAAUAACUUCAUUUUGAGAAAAUUCUAUGAUGGAAUCUACUGUCAUAUAAGACAAGAGCCUGAAGAUUAGACUGGACACCUCAGCCAUUGUUUUUCCCUUUCAGGGUCCAACUUAAGAAUUUAAGGAAGACCCAUCUGUCGUACAUAUUUAAUGAGUUUCACAGUUAUAAGAUUUUUGAUAAUUUGGUAGCUGUCAAUCUACCUGAGAUAAAUACAGCCAAAUAAAUUAACAAUUAAAAUAGGAUACCUCUUGAAAGUUUUUUAAAGGUAAUAUUUAUUACUCCACUCUUUAUAGUCCUAUGCCCUAAUAGUACCAGGGUUGGGUGGGAAGAUGUUUCUUUAGUUGAGAAACACAUGCUGGGGAGAGUUCUGUCAGAGAAAGAGUCUGUUUUAUCAUGUUUUAGAGUGUGAAGGUGGGAGCUCCAAUGGCAUCCAAGAGUCAUAUUUACACUGCAGCAUGGUGUUUGCUCUGUGAUGUACAUUUCACCACAGUGGGCUAAAACUAACCACAUAGCACUGGUUUCCUUGGAGAUCAUCUGCUUCUGUAUAUCUCUUGGAGGUAGAUGGUUGCUGCUUUCAAAUUGUCAUAGUAGGCUCUUUCAAUAGAAUUGCAAGUUAGUCAUGUGGAUCCCUUGUUUCCCACAUCAACUAUUUUUGCUUGUUAAGAAUUUUGUGUUAUAAUUUAAUUUGAAUCAACUUUAAUAAAGAAAACAAGAAAAACACU